AAAUUUAUAUAAUUUAACUUUUUUUUUUUUAGCAAAAAUUAAAAUAUUUACUGAAAUGAUUUUUACACUCAAAGAGUUAAAGAGAUGGAUAUUAAUAUCUAUAUUUGAAGUAUCAAUGGCUCUUACAGUUGUUUUAAUAUUUUCUGUUCUCCUUCUACUUAAGAUUGAAAGACACUUAGAUGCUUCAUGGUGGACAAUAUUUGCUCCUUUGUUUGCAUUUGAUAUACUGACUGCAUACUUUGACAUAAUUGUUUUUAUUAGACUUUAUUUAGUAUUAGAACGAAGUCUCGCUGCAAAAAGACUGAUUACAAAUGCAUGUAUAUUUGAUGAUAGCAAAUAAUUUGUUGGUUUCAAGAUUACAACUAAAUGUUAAAAAUAUAAAGGUUAAAAAAAAGUUCGAUCAUAUUAUAAUAUCCUAGUUGUUAGUCAGAUUUCAAAUUUUUCAAAAGUUUUUUGUUGUUUGAAAAGAAGAAUCUUUCUAGGGGGACUUCUCAUUCCUGAAGGAUAGAAUAAUUAAAUUUCGAGGUAGAUAAAGUUUUUAUUAAAAUAGUACUCUGUGGCAAUAUAAGACAUCCUUAUUUUAAUAACGGCUUUUAACAUGGCUCCUUUCAUAUAUCCAAUUGUGAAUAUCAAAAAUGUUUGAUUACAGUCAAAUUUUUGAGUGAACUGAAGGAGAUUCAAAUUUUUGAGUGAACUGAAGGAGAUUUAGAUUUUUGAGAGAACUUUAAAUUUAGGAAAUGCUGAUUUUACAAUUGCUUUCAUCUUAUUUUUUUAACCUGCAUUUAUAAAAAUUCUUUGUCCCACUUCUUAGUUUUACUUCUAAAUAAAAAAAAACAAUAACAAUUUAACAAGCUAUCUAAAUGAUUAAUAGUAGGAAAAUAUUAUUCAAUGAACCAUUGACUGAUGAUUAAUAGUGAAACAAUGCAACUGGGAUUUCCCAAAACUAUAAUGGAAUACUUUUUUUUUAAUUUUG